AUGGCAAUUAAAUUCUUGACAGGGAAAUACGCCGUGAUCCUGGACGCUGGAUCGUCCGGGACUCGCGCACACGUAUAUCGAUGGCAGGAUCCUGCUGUAACGCGCCCAAACCGGAAAAUAAAAGAUAUCGAGAAUCUACCUGUUGUCAGCACAAAACACAAAUGGACUAAAAAAAUUAGGCCUGGCGUGUCAUCAUUUGCUCAGAAACUUGACCAUCUUGGGCCUGACCACCUCAAACCGCUUUUCGACCAUGUUCUUCGCGUUAUUCCCUCGGAAUCUGUGCAGGAAACACCAGCCUUUCUCCUUGCAACGGCUGGUAUGAGGCUACUGCCUAAACAAGAACAGAGACAUCUCCUUACAAGUAUAUGUUCAUAUAUACGCGAAAACACUAGCCUUUCCCUACCCGAUUGCAGCGUCCACGUCAAAGUCAUUGAUGGAAAAACAGAAGGGCUAUAUGGAUGGAUUGCGACGAAUUAUUUGCUAGGGGGAUUUGAUGCAUCUGAAAAGACAAAUCAUGGAGCGAGCCAUCAUACGUAUGGUUUUCUGGAUAUGGGCGGCGCAUCCGCGCAGCUAGCUUUCACCCCCAAUGCUACGGAAGCACGCAAACAUUCGAAUGAUUUAACCUUACUACGCCUCAGAACAAUGUCUGGUAAGCCGAGAGAAUAUAGAGUAUUCGUUACUUCCUGGCUCGGGUUUGGCGUGCGUGAAGCGAGAAAUCGCUAUGUGGCAGCUCUUCUCAAAGGGAAAGGAAAUUCCGACAAACAAGAACACCUCGACCCUUGCCUCCCCGAAAAGCUAGCAGUCACUGUUGAUGGUACUAUUAUUCCACCGCAAGUUUCUGCUCCGGAAAUGAAGCCAUACCUUGUUGGCACAGGGAAAUUCAAUGAGUGCCUGCUGCAAACAAUGCCAUUACUCGCAAAAGAUGUUCCGUGCGAAGACAACCCUUGUUUGCUAAAUGGCGUUCAUGUCCCUGCCAUAGACUUCAACGUUAACCACUUUGUGGGCAUCAGCGAAUAUUGGCAUACUACCCAUGACAUAUUUGAAAUGUCGCACAAAGAUAAAGCAUAUGACUUUCAUACCUACCAAACGCGUGUUCAAGAGUUUUGCAACAUGGACUGGAAUGCGGUAAAAGCUGGAAUUUCAAGCCAUAAAUGGGGCAAAAAGAUCACUGAAGAAAAAGCAUACGAACUCUGCUUCAAAGCUGCAUGGAUCAUUAAUAUUCUACAUGACGGCAUUGGGGUUCCACGGGUUGGCAUUGAGAACGCGCAUAGCUCGACUUCAAAUAGCACUAAGGAUGUUUUGGAUGAUGAGAAAGAGCAGGGAUUUCUUGAUCCCUUCCAAGCCGUCAAUAAGAUCGACUCAACAGAAGUUAGCUGGGCUCUUGGAAAAGCAGUUCUCUAUGCAUCUUCACAAAUGGCAGCUUCUAAGGACACCCUUCCUGUUGGCUUUGGUAGCAAUGUCCCUGGUAUCCCGGACGAUUUUCAAUACCCUUCCUCGUUGAAUGUUCCUGCAUCGCUUCCUCAUGGCUCUCACCCAAAUGCAACAAGCGAACAUUCGCAUGAUGAUCUGUUUAGCGGAGAUUCGCCCCGGCGAAUUCCUGGUAUUUUUCUUUUUCUAUUAAUCAUUUUAAUUGCUCUUUUCUUUCUUUGUGGUCGUGAUCGCAGGUCGCAUGUGUAUCGAAAACUUGGGCUUUCAAGAGGUCGUGGAAGUCCGCGUAGACCGAAACGCUUUUCACCCACAACAUUUUUCUCGUUCUUCCGACGUAGGAGGAGCGUUGGAUAUGAACAUGUUCUUGAAGAAGGAAUUCGUGAUUUUGAGCUUGAGGUUACUAACUCAGAUGAUUCUGAUCACUCCCCUACAACUUCACUUCAGUCAUCAAAGUCUGGGAGCUGGAGUCGGGUCCAGCAUCCUCAUCAAUUAACACCAAAAUACGCCAUCGAUAGCCCAUCCCCUCAGAGCGCUGGAUCAGCGUUAGAGAUUGAAGGAGUGAAUAAUCAUGCUGAUCGGACUGGUUUGGUUAUUCGAACUGAAAGUCGAGACCGAUUAUCUCCUCUCACGCUUGGGCCAACCCUUACCGGCAGGAAAUCCAGAGCAUCGAGCCCUGUUCGACACAAGAGCCCACUCUUGAACAUUUAA